GGGUCACGUGGGCGUGGGGACCGGAAGUGGGCGCUGAGACAGGAAAUGGUAGAAGACUGCAACAUGGGAAAAAAAAUCCAGGAUAGUAAAAAUGUUCCUUUUCAAAGAGAAAUCCCAUCAGCUGUGCUGCUGAUUGCUGUGGUGCUUAUGAAUUUGCUUCUUUAUCUCUACCUUGACCAUUUUUAUAUGCCGGUUCACCAUUCUGGUGUGGAUCCCAGUCUUUGUCCUUUUGGUUACUUCAGACUGGGGGAAAUGAAAAAUUGUUCACCAUGGCUGUCUUGUGAAGCUCUGAAAACCGAAGUCAGAAAACUGAAACUUGUUGGUGAAGGGGCCGUUAAAAAGGUCUUUCUUUCUGAAUGGAGAGAACGCAAAGUUGCCGUUUCUCAGCUUACCGGACCGGAGGUGAAGGAAGAUUUUCUCCACGGAGCAGAUAUGCUGAAAUCCCUUCAGAGUCAGUACGUCAUCACCCUCCUUGGCUACUGUGAGGAGCAGUUUACCAUUCUUACCGAAUAUCACCCCUUGGGUUCCUUGAGGAACCUGGAGAAAACAUUAGACCUCGCAAAAUAUCAAAGCCUGAACACCUGGCACCAUAGGUUUAUGUUAGCAAUAGAUUACGUGAGCAUCAUUCACUACCUGCACAACAGCCCCCUCGGUACGUUGGUGAUGUGUGAUUCCAGCGAUUUAAACAAAGUGCUGUCUCAGUACUUGCUGACCAGCGACUUUCACGUUGUGGCCAACGAUUUGGACGCCUUGCCGCAGGUGAACAGAAGUUCCGGGAAGCUGGUGAAGUGCGGCCACCGGGAGCUCCGGGGGGAGUUUGUAGCCCCCGAGCAGCUUUGGCCUUUUGGAGAGGAAGUGCCCUUUGAGGACGACCUCAUGCCUCCGUACGAUGAGAAGACGGAUAUCUGGAAAAUACCCGACGUGUCCGAUUUUCUCUUGGGGCACGUCGAAGGGAGUGAUAUCGUCAGGUUCCACUUGUUUGAUAUCCACGUGGCAUGUAAAAGGAGGACUCCGGGGGAAAGACCUUCUGCUCGGGUCGUUCUGGACACUUACCAAAAGAUUUUGAUUUCACUCAAAGAGACAGUCAUGCCCGGAACAAGAGAAAUGCUGUGAAACCUGCUUGGGUAGGGGAAUGAUUCCACUGAAGCGAUCGCACCUCGAACCUUAUUGUUGUCAUGUUGUUCUUCGAAGUCAUUGAAUCCUGGUUUGUUUCCUUCCCCUUGCAGUCUUUAGAAGAGAGCUGAAGCAAAGGCAAACUUGUCUGAUUUAAGUUCACCUGAAAUCACUUAAUGCUCUCACCCUCACUGAGGGAGCCAACAGCUGAAAGGGAGAGGAAGAGGAGCAAAUGGGCCUGGGUUUUCCAUGCUUCACACUAGUUACAUGUACUAAACAGUGAAAAUUGUUUCUUUGAAAAUGUCAGCAAUGUUUUUCAAGUCAUUAAAGAGCCCUGGAGAGAAUAAUGAACAUUCCUUUACUGAAAAAGUGAAAACAGUCAAACCGGGUGAGACUGUCAGGUUAGCCAGUUACGCCAGCGGAAUAAAGGGUAGAGGCUGCUGUGGAAGCUAAAGGCCACCCAAAAUAGAAUUCUCAGUUUCUUGCUGUCUUUAAAAAUGUUAUUAUAAAUGAAUAUUCAAUAAAUCCAUUGUAGCAGUCUCUCUUCUAAGUGCUAAAAGCAAAACAUGUUCUCAUUCUAGGGACAGACUACCAAAAUGUCCUAAUGUUCUAACUGUUCUGCCAAAUGUUGGGAGGAUGAUGUGUCUGUAAUUUAUGGUGGUAUUGGCCUUUUUGCUUUAAGCCCACAGAAACGGUUUCUGAUUCCGGCGUAACUUUGAGUGUGAAGUAAAGGCACUUGGUAAAGAGG